AUGCAAGCGCGCGCACCUCGACAACGACUACACACCGGCGCCAUUCGCAGCGAAGUGCUCACCUGGCAUGCUAAACAUCGGAAUUGGGAGAAUGUCACGCCGUUUAUAUCUUUCGCAUCUUCACUGGCUCGGCUUACGGAGUUCAUGAAUAGCAGAAACUGGAAGGGUGACUCAACACUAACAGUCGUCAAUCCCAACGUGCGAAUCGCAAGGGAGCUGCCCAUGAUCAACAUGGGUAGAGAAAUGAGGCAUUACGGUGUCCCUGAUCCGUAUGGUCGUGGAUACGCUUACUACGACGCCCAAUACCUUCUUUUGUGGGAGGUGACGCCUGAGGAAAUUGUUGGGCAUUGGGAUUGGGACGAGCUAAGCCAGAAUCCUAACUGGUAUGAAGAGGAAGUUGUGCCGGCUUUUCGGGCGCAUGAUCAACGGUUCUUGGAAGGGACGAGCAUUCAGGAUGCGUUUGACUUGUCGGCCAUGCAGGGUGCACUGCCUGGACCGGGUGCUCAUGGUGAUGAUGAUGACGACGACGAUGGCCACAAAGCUGACCGGGGCGCAUCACCCAGUGAGACUAGUCAUUCCGGUGACUCAGAGUCUGCCUCUGAGUCUGUUUCUGGCACUGGCCCCAGCUCGGACGAGCAGACAGAUGAAGUAGAGGCAUCUAAGGAUGAAGAGGCAAAGGCAGGCGACCACACACAGUCUAACUAA